CCGAGCGAGGCGGCGGCUGCAGCGGCGGCGGCGGCCCCGGUAACGGACGUGACUGAUCUCCUCCCACGGCCUCGCUCGCCUCUGCCGGAGUGAUCAGAUCAAGUCAUGGACCUGCGACAGUUUCUGAUGUGCCUAUCCCUGUGUACAGUCUGUGCCUUGAGCAAGCCCACAGAGAAAAAGGAAAGAGUACACCAUGAGCCUCAGCUCAGUGACAAGCCUCAUGAUGAUGCCCAGAAUUUUGACUAUGACCAUGAUGCAUUCCUGGGGGCAGAAGAGGCAAAGACCUUUGAUCAGCUGACACCAGAGGAGAGCAAGGAGCGACUUGGAAAGAUUGUAAGUAAAAUAGAUGGCGACAAGGACGGGUUUGUCACUGUGGAUGAGCUCAAAGACUGGAUUAAAUUUGCACAAAAGCGCUGGAUUUACGAGGAUGUAGAGCGCCAGUGGAAGGGGCAUGACCUCAAUGAGGAUGGCCUUGUUUCUUGGGAGGAAUAUAAAAAUGCCACCUACGGCUACAUAUUAGAUGAUCCAGACCCUGAUGAUGGGUUUAACUAUAAACAGAUGAUGAUGAGAGAUGAGCGGAGGUUCAAAAUGGCUGACAGAGAUGGAGAUCUCAUUGCCACAAAAGAAGAGUUCACAGCUUUUCUUCACCCUGAAGAAUAUGACUACAUGAAAGAUAUAGUUGUUCAGGAAACCAUGGAAGACAUAGAUAAAAAUGCUGAUGGUUUCAUUGAUCUGGAAGAAUACAUUGGUGACAUGUAUAGCCAUGAUGGAAAUGCUGACGAGCCAGAGUGGGUGAAGACCGAGCGUGAGCAAUUUGUGGAAUUCCGAGAUAAAAACCGUGAUGGGAAGAUGGAUAAAGAGGAAACCAAAGACUGGAUCCUGCCUUCUGACUAUGAUCAUGCAGAAGCUGAGGCCAGGCAUCUGGUUUAUGAAUCAGACCAGAACAAGGAUGGCAAACUUACUAAGGAGGAGAUCGUUGACAAGUACGAUUUGUUUGUGGGCAGCCAAGCCACAGAUUUCGGCGAGGCCUUAGUACGACAUGAUGAAUUCUGAAUUGUUGACAGACAAAACCCGUUUUUCUUCAAAAGUAAUUUAUUUUUUACAGCUUCUGGUUUCACGUGAAAAUUGUUUUCGCUACUGAGACUGUUAUUACAAACUUUAAAGCAGUGAAAAAACACAACAGCAAAACAUAUCCCGUCUCCUUUCCUCCUCCCAAAGGGACUGGAGGGACAUUCUGUGCUUCUGAUGAGAAACUGUAAUUAUGACACUUGUGUUUUUUUAGAUUUACACUUUGUUUUAUGUAUAACAAGUUGUGUUUAUUUUUGUAUUUGUUUUCUGGUUGGGAGUAUGAAAUGAAGGAUGCCCGUCCUCACCUCACACUCAUGUUAGUCUAUCACCAUCCCCAACCUUUUCUAUAAUUUUUUUGUACUUUUUGCUUAGCUAACUAAUUUUGUAAAGCCUAAGAUCAACAAGGAAAAGUCCAGAGGAGAGAAAAAGAAAAAAUUGCCCGAUAUUUCAUAUCAAAGAGACAGCAUCAUGGCACUGUCUGCCUAAAAGUAUGUUAUCUCCCAACUGUUCGUUGUGACCAGUUAACUCUCCAGGACCUGACCCUCCUCAUGUCCCUGGUAAGAAAGGAUUCUUAUUUGUAAAUCUGGGCCAGUCUUGCCCUGAUGCAGUUUUUCUGCCGGAGGAGCUGAAUUUACUCAUUCUGACAAGCACAGCUGGGCUGAAAAGGGUUAGGACCAGUGACUUGAAAAUCAAUCAUGUUGUGGGUAUGAUCUGUCCUUUCACAAAGCUAUCGCUAGGGACGACUGGAGAACUGAAGGAAAAGUAGACGAGUUUCUUCACUCACUCAGGUCUGUGUGGAUUUACUCGUUGAAAUACCCAGGGCAGGCUUGUAUGACAGCUGUUGAAAUCAUCUUUACUAUCUGCUGAGUUGCCAGCCAGCAGGUGGGUGGGUGACAGACCCCCUGCCCUAUGCUCUCCAGGCCAGCCUGGUAGCACUGGGCAAAUGACUCCUGCUUCAAAAAGUUAUCGUUUACUCAUUUUCAGUCAUGUCAUUGAAGUGCCUUUACCUGCCAAGAGAGAUGAUCAGUGAAGGCAUUUCUUUUAUGGAACCUCAAGGUAAAAAGAAACUCUGGUAAACCCCACCAUAUGAAAGCUGCUGCGCUUGGAAAUGCCCCCAGGUAGGAUAGGGUAUUCUUAUUUCCCUCUUACAGUAUUAGUAAAAAUCUCAAUUGCAGUGUUCUUUAUAUCCUCGUGGGCUGGUUUCCUAAAACCACAUGCUGCCAAAUUUACCAGGGAUCCUCAUACCUCAAAAUGCAAACCACUUAUUCCCACUUUCUCUUGGAUGAAAAUUGCCCAGGCCUCAGUUGGUGUCAGCUAGGAUAAAUCCAUGGCUAGAGUCUAGAGGAGAUGGGAACACCACCAAUAGAUGGCUUUCCUGGCAGGGGCCCUAUGGUUUGAGUGCCAUUGCCCACACCCACCCCCCCAAAAUAAAACUUUACAUGGCUAAGCAGGCUGCCAACCCUUCUUAGAGGAGAAGGGGAAUUUGGUAAAGGCUUUAUAUUUUCCAAGUAUGGUCAAAGAAAUGGCUCUUUUUCAACUCCACAGACUCCCUUCCUCCCUUGCUUCACACAACACUAACUGUAUCUUUUGAGGGACCUUAAUUGUAGGUAGACCUCUUAUGAAAACACAUUUUGUGUUCCAAGUAAGCAGUUUUGGGGUCACUAAGACAUAUGUGUAUAUAUAUCCUUUAUUACUUCAUGUAUCUCUUUAUAGAUAACACACCUUUGAUAUAACUUGAUAGCAUCAGGUGGAACUGGGUGAAUACUCUGAACAAGGUCAGGACUUUGAUCUUCUAAUGGCCAUGUUGAGAAAGACUGGUUAGUGUGGGUGACUCUUAAUCCACUAGGUUUGACCCCUGAUUUGAGGUCUGAUGCCCUAAUAGACCCCCGGUUUUGGUGCCAAAUGGCUGAUGAUGCCUAGUGGUCCAUACCCCAGCCUCAGCUUACUUAAUGCAAUUCAGUCAUGAGUUGUGUGGGGAGGGUUCACACAACAGUGCACAGAGCCCAGCUCUAGUUUUUAAAUCACCCACCCAAAGAGUGAAUCUUAGCAUAUUACAGCAGCAGCAGUUUCUGCAUGCUGGGUGCUCAGCAGUGUGCAUUUUACUAAAAUCCCUCAUGAAGUCCCUGGGUUAUUUUUGGUUUCAAGAAAGCAUGAAGCUGAUGAGCAAACAGGCCACACCUCCACAGCGUGUGUCCUGUGAAUGCUGGUUCUCUUCUUGAUUUGGGUGUUUUGUUUUUUAUGGAGUGUAAACCAAGUUUUAUAUUCUGUAAUGCAAACAGGUUCCUAUCUGUUUCUCAAUAAAACCGUUUACAUUCGUUGUA